AUGGGCGUCUUCUCAGCUAUGGACUCAGACGACUUACAACUUCAUAUCUUGGCAUUACUCGCCCAAUCACCCAUCUCAGACACUCGAGAACUCCAACCUCCUAGGGAUAGCCUUAGCAAUCCACCUGAUGAAUCGGAUGCAAGUCGAGCCGAAGAUCAGUUAUCCAUCAAGGGUGCACUAGAUAGUCUGGCAGGAAAAGAGAUGGUCACAUACCAGACUCACAACAUUGAAGUACAUGUUCUUAGUACAGAAGGAAAAGAAUUAGCCUCUUCGGGAAGUCAUGAGUAUCGGGUCUGGCAAGUUUUGGGCGAGAAAGGAAUGUUGAUGGCAGAGUUACAAGCAAGCCUGGGUGCGGAAGGGGCAAAAGUCGGUCAAGGAAAGGCUUUUCGGAAUAAAUGGAUUAAGAAGCGAAGCGACGGUGGAUUUGCCAGGGCUAUGGAGGCCGAUCAGAUCAUAGACCAGACAAAACUGGACCUGGUUGCCAUUGAAACUCAUGGCAGGCUUCCAGAUGAUGAUGCUAAAGGAACCAGAAUUGCCGACUACAGGAAACGGAAACUUUGCGAAAAGAAGAAGUACAUGUAUUUUUCAGCUGACAAAGGAACCAAAUUCGCCACAACGAUCGAGAAACCUGAGACAGAUCUGACAGCUGAACUUUUGUCAUCUGGACUAUGGCAGACAGCCAAGUUUAAACCGUAUAACUUCAAUGCAGUAGGCGUGCUGCCUAAUGGUGGAGCUCUACAUCCGCUUAUGAAGGUUCGAGAGGAAUUUCGUAACAUUUUCUUUGAAAUGGGAUUCACAGAAAUGCCAGCCGAUAGAUAUGUGGAAUCUUCUUUCUGGUGCUUUGAUUCACUUUUCGUGCCCCAACAGCAUCCUGCGCGUGAAUCUCAGGACACCUUUUAUCUUAAGGACCCGGUGGUUUCCACUGAAUUCCCGGAUGAUUACUAUAAAAGCGUGAAGAAGAUUCACGAAACAGGUGGACAUGGCUCGAUUGGUUACCGGGCUCCCUUCCAGAAAUCCGAAACCGAGAAGCUACUUUUGCGAACGCAUACAACCUCUGUCUCAGCAAAUAUGUUGUAUGAAAUUGCCCAAGAUUGCCGCAAAAAAGGAAACGGGGAAUUCGUACCCAGUAAGAUGUUCAGUAUUGAUCGAGUAUUCAGGAACGAAGCAGUCGAUGCUACUCACUUGGCAGAGUUCCACCAAGUGGAAGGCGUGGUAGCAGAUAAAAACAUCACGCUGGGAGAUUUGAUCGGCUUCAUGAAAGUGUUUUUUGCCAAGAUGGGAAUUCAUGAUAUCCGGGUGAAACCCACUUACAACCCUUAUACUGAACCAUCCAUGGAAAUCUACUCAUGGCACGAAGGUUUGAAGAAAUGGGUUGAGAUCGGAAACUCGGGUUUAUUCCGGCCUGAAAUGCUCGAGCCAAUGGGAAUCCCACCGGAUGUGCGAGUAUUAGGGUGGGGGUUGUCACUUGAAAGGCCUACAAUGAUCAAGUAUGGCAUCUCCAACAUUAGAGAGCUACUUGGACACAAAGUUUCUUUGGCGAGCGUUCAACAAGCAGCCGCUGUCAGAUUUUGAGAAUAAAUUUGAUCUCUGUUUUGUUGAUUCAAGAUGCCAAUACUUGUUGAACUUGUCGAGAAGUACUACUUGUGCGCCAUCUUAGCUCUGCUGUUCAGUAAGAGCAGGUCGGCACUUCAAACUGAACCCAUGACUCAUGAUGAUUGUCAACAUGACCUACCCCCAGGCGGUCUGUACAGCCCACCUUGUAUGUGUGCUACAAAGACAUGCAGUCAUUGUAGCUCAACGACCUUUGGGACAGACCCUGCAUCCCGGCGAUGGUUAUCAAGUUUCCACCUGCAACAUCACUUGUUCCUAUAAGACCAGAAGAUAAUUUAGUAUCCUUCACUUAUGUUGUUUUGACAAUGAGAGCCAGAAGAGAUAGCAACCACCAUGUCUGUAUCCCUGUAGGAUGUUGAUGUGC